GCUAUAUAGGGUGGCAGAUGUGUUUCUCAAAUGUCGCCGCUGAACCUCAUCGACAGUUACAUUGGGAAAGUGUUUUCCUCUCCGUGGAUCCUAAAGAUCAUCUGCGUGGACGGUGAGGAAGACACGGAUGUGAACGUUGCCAACUUCCGGAAAAAUCUCGGAUCCAUUGAGCGUAACUUUCUAUAAAUGAUUAAUAAAUAGUUGUAAUUAUUGAAAAAUAAAGCUCCAUAAUGGCGCAUAAACUGCAACAUAUACCGGACGAGAUAGAACUUGAGACGAUAGCUAUAACUGAACUUUCAAGAUUGAAAAGGCAGUAUAGGAUAAUGGAAAAUGAUCGAGGUGCUUGCACAGAGGAUGCAAAGUUACAACUGCACAAUCAAAUGAACAUGAUUAAUCGCUUGGAGUACGAAAAGGCAGAACUCGUUCUUCGUAUUAAAACUGCAACUUCGAAAACGUUUGUUCGUAAAGAUGAGGAAAUGGAAGAAAAAUUAAAGUGCAUGUUAACGGCACAAGCAAAAUAUGACGAGAUGAUAAAGACGGAGAAAGAGGAAAUAGCAGAGCUCGAUAAAGAAAUUCGCAAGUUAUCAAAAGAGGUUGAAAUUUUCAAAACAAAAAUUAAGACAGACACGCAACUAAAAGAAAUAUCUUUACAACAAAAUAAAAUGGUUUAUAUAUUGGAAAAUCGACUCGAAGUAGCAACGAAAAGAUUCAAUGAUGUAGUUGCUCAAAACAAAAAGCUUCGAGAAGAAAUCGAAAAUAUGCUGAAGGAAAGAUCGCAGUUCACGAUACUUUGGAAUAAGUUAAUUAAUCAAUUAAACGUCGGAAAACAAAUUAUCAAUGAUUUAAUAGAGCAAGCUACCAUCGCGUUCAAUCAAAGGGACGAAGAAUUGAACAAGAUUCAAGCUCUUCGUGAGAGGGGGCUAAGAGAUCUAAAGGCUCACGUGUCAGAAAUGUGCGAAUUACAAAGGACAAUGGACAAUGAAAUGAAAUUGCAAGAAUUUCUUGGUGUAAAAGGACAAUAUCGCGAAAUGGGUGAUUUGAAUGCAAAACGUGCAGCUGAAAGGAAAGCGAAAAUAGAAGAGAAACAAGAUAAGAUCGAGAAUUAUAAAAAUAUCUUACAAUUGAUUAAAGAAUUCACCGGCGUGCACGACAUCAAUAAGCUCAUAGCGCACUUUAUCAAGCAAGAAGAAGAAAACUUUGCUUUAUUCAGUUACGUGAACGAAUUAAACGAUGAACUGGAAGGUCUCCAGUCGAGGAUGGCUCAGUUGACAAUAGCUAUACAAGACGCACGAAUUAUGAACGAAGUUACUGAUCAAGAACAGGCCGAAACAUUGGAGAAACUCAAACGAGAACUUGAAGAACAAACCGCUCUCGCUGAUGCGGCUGAAGAAAAUCUGAUACAGUGUGAUGAUGUAAUAGAGAAAUUGUUAAAAGGAAUAGAUUCUCUCUUUAAAGCAAUUCGUUGUGACAAUUCUCCGAUCUUGCAACUGUUAGGUGAUAAUGAACAGAUAACAACGUGCAAUGUCAUGCUAUACUUAGAGAUCAUUGAAAAACGUAUUACUCAGAUGUUCCACAAAGUAUAUUGGCUAGAUAAAGCUACCAAAACGCAACAAUUGCGUCUUGACGAAGAAAGAAGACCCAGAUUGAAAGUGCCUCCUAUUGAAUAUAUUGCCCCUACCCAACCCUGUGCCUUAUGUAUCGAAAAAGAAGAAUUACAGAUCGUAUCCGAAGGUUUAGAACAACCAUUAACGCGCGAUGAAGCUACUAAAAAGUUAAAACAAAGACUCGAAGAAGAUUACUCGGAACUCCUGCAUAAUAUAUCUGGUUGUCAUUUACCGGCAGCUAGAAAAAUCAUACAGAAACGAUAUCAAUAAAUGGUAACAGAAAGCCUGUAAAUUGAAUACACAAUCAUUAACAUUUACGAAGUACAAGGUAAUUGACCGAAUCCUCGACGUAAUUGUGCGACUCGUAAAACUGUUCUGCCACAAAUUUUCAAUCCAAUUUUUAGUAACAGAUACAGUAAUAAGAUACUUAUCAGUAUUAUAUAUAUAUUUAAUUUCUUUAGAAUAUUUAUUUACAGUAGCUGGACAAGUAAUUUCAAGUAAAACGAUUCUCUUAUUUCGCUGCGCGUUUUUUUGCAACUCUUAUGAUUCGUUUUAAUUCAAGAAUGGUUCGUUUAAUAUGAUCUAACUGUUGCUCGACGUCAUCUUUGCUUACAGUCACGGGAAUAUCCUUUCUCUUGCAGAUCUGUUGAUAUAGAUUCCAGCAACACGUUUUUACUUGCAUGUGCUCCAAAUUUUUCUCCGCUGCAGUUACUUUUAUUUCAGCCACGAUUGUUUCCCAUUUACGAGCUUGUACUUCUGCCCAAUCGCGUCUUGCUUGUAGUUGCGCUAAUUUAUUAUUCAAGCCCAUAAUUUUUUGCGACUUUGACUCUGUCAUAUGAUGCUAUAAAAAAAGAGAUACGCAUCCUUUCCAUUGUACAAUUAUAAAUGGAAAACUAAUAAAAUAUAUCUUAAGAAAAUUA